GUUGGUAACACUGGUACUGAUAGCACUUAGCAAAGUCAAAUAAACUAGGCUACAUAAUACAGACUGCAAUUUGCAAUUUCGUUUUUUCCCUGUGGAUGUUGGAUCGUCAUCAUUUUUUGCCGGGAUCUUGAAAUCUGCUGAAUCAAUUAUCGCCGCGAGUGCAGACGGAUUUAUUGAAUUAUUUGCUGUGAAUAUUUAUACCGUGCUAUAUGUCUGAAGACGAAGUUGAAAAGUGGACCAGAGAGGGACGAUGCAAAGAUUUGCACAUGUCUCCGAGUUGCUCCAGUUUCGAGGUGCUGGACCCUCAUGACCCGGUGAUCAGCCGGCUCGCCACGCAGCUGUUUAAGAAGACCAAUGAUUACCUGCAGGGCGAGAUGGCUGCUGGCCAGGAUCACUACAACCUGCUCGAGGAGAUUAACAGGCUGACGAUCACCAAAUACGCGGACUUAAGGAACCUCGCCGUCAAUUUGAACAAGACGCUGAACGAGUACAACGAAAUGUAUAACCAGCAGACUAAGCCGCUCCUCGAGCAGAUAGACAAGAUCGAAGCUCAGGUGUCCAAGUUCGAGGUGAACGCGUAUCGCCUGGACAGCUACACCAAGCAGUUGAAAGCACGUUUCAAGGAAUUGGAGGACAAGUAAGCGAAAUUAUUUUGACUAGUUAUAAGGCAAUGUAUCCUUUUUAUAAUACAGUUUAUUGUGACGAAGUUUAGUGACAGACAAAUUGAUCAAACAGACGUAAUUGUUGUGACUUUUUGACAUGGAUCAGUUUCGACAUUGACACAAGUUUGACGCGUGAAUUCGUUAAUCGUACUUUAUUAGUAUAUUCUUGUAGUUUACUGUAAUGUCACUCACUGUAAGGGUUGCCAGGCCUUAUGGAUAAAUGCCAUGUAUUUAUACCCUAACAACCUUGUACCUUGUAAUCUACAGCUAUAGGCGCGACUGGCUUCCCCAGAGAGGGUUGUUGUUUUGAAGGCGGCCGGUUUUAAGAAUGCCAGUUUUUGCAAUUGUAAAUUCGCGCCCGCUGACAUCAAAUUAGCGAGUUAUUAUGUCAGAUGGGAGAAGCCGAAUAAUUAAACAUAGUUUUGUCACAAAAUUAAAUCGAUUAAUUAGGAACUAAUCCUACCAAAUAUCAUUUUGUACGUAUGUAAUAUUUUUCACCAAAUCGGCACUUUAGAAAUCAAACAAAACCGGCUACGCUAGACACGUGAACAUUUAACCGUUUACGAUCGUAAAAAGUAAGACAUAAGCACCUGGCAACCCAAAUCACACAACAAUGUUUUACAGUAGUGAUUUUAGUGGCUUGUUAGUACGCUUGGUUGUUGCGAUCGUACUCCACUCGGAUAUUUGUGCAAAUAUUUGCGUUUUUUGGCCAAUGCAAAAUAGGCUUUGGUUUGUUUAUUUACAGAAUAAAUGCGAUAUUUGUUCAAAUACGCCAAGUGAAGUGCAACUAGUAGGCACACGUGAGCAUAGUUUUAUCGCUAUUUGUGUACAAGUUCAUUCGCGCGGGAGAUGAAUUAAAAUAUUUUUUGAAUUUAUCUAUAAACGAAUUUACUGGUGGUAGGUCUCUCAUAUGUGAGAGUCCGCCUGGGUAGGUACCACCGCAAUGUCUAUUUCUGCCGCCAAGCAGCACUUGUGUUCCGGUUUGAAGGACAUUGUAGCCAGUGUAACUACUGGACAUAAUAAGACUUAACAUCUCAUGUCUCAGAAUGGCGAACUCAGUGGAAUAUAAAACAAUACUUUGUAAUUCAAGGUGUUUCUACUGUUUAUGGAGAAUCGUAUCGCUUACCAUCAGGCGAACACCUUGUCUCGUCAUUUAAAGCAAUAGAGAAAACGAUCCCAAUUCCUGACUGCAGAUCAAUGGUAACAAUAAACCAAUCGAAAUAAGGCAUUUUUGAAUAUGUCAAAUAAACUUUAUUUUGAUUGGUCCAUUUCGCCAUCGAUCCGUGGAUAGUUAGGUUAUUGAAAUAUGACAGUAUACAAAUCCUAAAUGAAUGUCGAGAGUCAGAUUCAAAAGUCUGGCUUGCAACAUGACUUAGAUAUAUUUACGAAGUAUUGUGCACUUGCCUUAAUCACUCCAGUGUGGAUGAUCUUUUUAGUGUAUUCUAUUGAUGUUAAAUAGUGUACAUUAGUUACAAAUUGAUGUUGUAUUGUAGUUAAAUACAAGUCUCUAGUACAUUACGGUAUCAAAGAAAUUUGUGUGCAUACCAAUUUUUGGAACAAGAUGUUAUUUUUCGAGGUUGAAAUUUAUGCCAAACGUCACACAUUAUUGCAGUGGUCUUAAAAAAUUAUUUUAUUUGUGGUCAGUAUGUUGUAUUACACAUUAAUUGUAUCUUGGUUGGUAAUGUGCGGUCGAUCGCAAACGUUAUCAUGUCCGUCAACUAUUCAUGUGCCUGAAAUUGGUAUACACGUGUGAAGACAUAAUUUUCACUACUUUAUAACCUACAAAACAAACUACAAUCUAUUUAUCCGUUCUUUCGUAUUAUGCGAUGGUUAUACAAAUCUAUUUAGACAAUUUAUGUAUAAUGCGUUCGCAUUUGAUUGAUUCUGAGGGUCAGUUCACAUUGAAGAGCAAAUUCGCGCGGAAUUGCUACGCAAAAUAUGCGCAGUACAACGCGUACUGUUAAUACCAUAUCAUGCACGACUAUUGCGUCGGAAAAUUCGCACUCGAAUUUCUCACCAGUGUGAACUUACCCUUAUGUAGUAUAUGUUUAGUUCACAUUGUGACUUGUAAUAGGAUUAAGGCGAGGGUCGUAUAAUAAUAUACGAGAUAAAGACUCCGAAUAUAUUUGGUGCUAACAUUAGAAGCUCAUCACCGCUUGUCAUUCUCCUCUGGUGGACCAGCACUCCUGCGCACACCACCUCACAAUAAGGUGAGCAAGAUUUUCCAUUUUAGUUGACCCACGUAUUAUCCUCUAUUACAAGUCUACAGGUGGAUUUGUGUCCAUCUGUAAAUAAAUGUUAUCCCCUACAAGUAGAUUGUUUUAUUUUCGCUUUCAAAGAGAAUAUUAUUUUUCGUUGUAUUUAUUUUAUUUUCGUAUGUUGUCAUCAUUAUUCUGUAUUGUUAAACGGCGAGAGCAACGAAGAUGUUUUGGACGAUAAAGUGGUUCAAAUUGCCAUUUACUAAACUUAUACCUCUUUGUUGAUAAAUAAUGACAAUGUUUUUGUUGCUCUGAAUUGAGUUCGUGGGAUUGUCAUGUCUGUCACUGUCAUAUGUCAAAUGAGUGUGACAGCAUGAUUUCUUACGGUAUGAACUCACCUUAGUUCUGUCAUUGCAAUAAAUGUGGCUUAAGCUUAAAAAACAGUGUACUGUCAAUGUGUGUAAUGUAUUGAAUAUAUUUUUUUCUUUUAUUA